ACGGGGGAACUCAAAGAAGAUAAUACGACCGACUGACAAGAUGAAAAUGCAGUGGGUCAAUGCCAACAAAGAUCAAUCCAUGAAUAUGACUUUCCUCUAUCGUCUAAUUUGAUUAGCUCAUCAGUCUGACUAUCCAGAGAGCCAUGCCCCUUAUUUUCCCCUCCCCCCCUCCCUCUCUCUGCUUUUACAUGAAGUGGCUGCCAAAGUCCCUCCAGACACCGAACACAGAGAGAGAGAGAGAGAGAGAGAGAGAGAUAGAGAGAGAGAAUGGGAUCCGAGGAGACAGCAGAGGAGGCAAGUUCCACCCCAAGGCUUCCACUGUUCACCGUCCCAACAACCGUGGAGUCGCCGGAGCGUUCAGGGACGGUGACGCCGCCGCUCCACACGUCGGCUGCAGUGCCAUUCCGGUGGGAGGAAGAACCCGGCAAGCCGCGGCCCUGCACCGCCCUCAUCGCCCUCCCAACCACCACCACCACCACCACCAGCAUGUGCCGCCUGGAGCUGCCUCCAAGGCUGCAGCUUGUGGAGGCGGCCGCCGCCGCCUCCAAAAUGACCAAAGCGCCCUCCCCCACCACGGUCCUGGACGGUCCCUACCCUCCGCUGCUGCUGCUUCCGUCCUCCUCUUCUUUCAGGUUCAAGGGGCGGGGGUCGACUUUUGGUAAUCGUAGCCCUGAGAGAGGGCAGCUCGGUGCCAUGGUUCUCGGCGGCAAGAGCAAGAGCAAGAGCAAGAGCAAGAGGCCGCCGGAGGAAAGAAAGGGCAGCAGGGGAGGGUUGUUUGGUUCUUCUUGGGGGCGGAAGGCAGCGACAAGACUCGGCGGCAAAGGGGAGGGUGGUGGGGGUAGUUUGGUUUUUUCGUACUCCAUAGACAUUACAGAUUUUGGGCCUGGCUCUAAUGAGGAGGCUGGUACUGGUAGUGCAAGUGCAAGGAUGAUGACGAUGAAGAAGAAGAAGAAGACGACAAAGACGAAGACGAAGACUCCAAUGACAAGGCAGGGAAGGAGCCACAGCCACCUCUCUGCUGAAACUGAAGCCAGCAGCAGCUCUCGCAUCUGGGUACCUUGCCCUUGGACACCGGGGGCCAGCUAACUUGCUACUGGUGGUACUUAUUGACAUUAUACCCGCAGGAUAAUGGGCAACCAUACGCGAAGGCUUUAAGCAAGUUCUUCCAUGGAGCAAGAAGCCCAAGAAAGAAGGCUCGUAGAUUGAACCGUAUCUGGUCUUUGGUUUCCUGUGAAAAGCUACUUUAGUAGCCGAGCAGCUAGCAUGGCCUUUUGAGAUUGAAAUUGGAUGUAAUAUGUAAUAUAUUUCUAUAUAUGUAGGUAUGAACGUAUGUAUACAGAUCUAGUCUAGAACAAGUGGCUGCUCUCUGCCAAUGAUAAUAUUCGUGUUUUACAUUUGUCAUGUAUAAAACGUCUUGCCCUAUGCCAA